AUGAGACCUCUGACGCUCCUAGCAUGUUUGCUUCUGUAUCUAUUGCAAUCGCCAGCUGUCGCUGAGUCUGCAGUUGAAAAGACUGCUCAAAGCUUGAAUGAGCUUACCCUCGAGAUACAGGCUCUUCGCCGGCUGGUCAACAGAACCUAUACGGAAAAUCUUCGCAUCUUUAAAGCUCAGAGAGAGAUCGGAGCGAUUGCACGUAUGCAAUGUAUUGUGCCAGCUUUCACCUUUGCGAACAUAAUCAAUGCGUGGGACAACAGAGGCUGUUCGUACUGGUGCUUGAAAGCUGUCACCGAACAUCGUGAUGCAGUCGAUCAUCUCGAUCCAGAAUGCUUCGUGAGCAAUCCCGAAGCACCUUGGUUCAUGAUGUACUACAACUUGCAAGGCCACAUGACAGAGAAAGUCAUUACCGAGGGUGACCAGCCUUGGCGCACCAUCAAUGCUCUACAACAGGAGAGAUUUGCCAAGCUUUACCCGAAACGAGUAUGGGACCGAUCGCAUGUCAAGCAGCCUGGAAUGCUACCUGACUACAUCGACGAGAAAAGACCGCCAGAUAGGUGCAUGUGUAACUUUACACUCAUGGGGAAUCGGAUGUAUACACCGUUGUCUAAUCCCAGGCCUUGGAGUGAGGGCUCCAUCAUGGACUUCAACGCUUGCACCCUGCCAAGAACAGCAGCUCAGCUAGCUAUCGGGUAUUGGCAAAGUGAGUCCUACUCUUACGUUCAGCAGCACGUCGCGUGUGACGAAUACUUGAGGCCCGAGAAUUAUUCUGUUCCUGGGCUGGAACUCCCCAUUGUUCGCACUGGUGUAAAACACAAAGAUCGAGGAAACAGGUUUAUCGAUGGUAGAAUGGAUCUAUGGCGAUCAAUCAGCCUUGUCUUUGGGCUCGAUACUCCGCCACUGCCAUAUUUGUGA